AUGGCAUCCCUAGACAUGCCUGACGCACCCGCCGGGCUGUUCACCCUCCCCUGGGAGGUCCGUCGCCCCAUCAUCGUCCAGGUCCUGCCGCACGGCCGCGCGAAGCUGCCCUGCUUCGACGACAAGCUGAUCAAGAGCCGCGUGCGCCUUCGCAACUGCUUCGAUGGCGCCUACCCCGGCAUCACCAAUUUCUACGUGUCCCGCCGCCGGAACCGCUGCUUCCACGGCCACGGCCUGCGCGCCACCAACCGCCAGCUCCGCCGCGAGACGGCUCUGGUCAUUGACGAGGAACUGAAGUCGGGCAGGAUGGACGUGCCGUUUGUGCUAGACAUCAUGCUUGUGAGAGAUAUUGGCGUCUUUCCCAGCUGGAUGAGCUUUCCGUACCGCCCAGAGCAUAUUCAACAGCUGACCGUCAACAUCCGCAUCGUCCGUCCAGGCACAAUCAGCAUCCCGGACGAGUGGGCAGAGAUGGCGCGGUACGAGGACAACAGCGACUCUUGCAGCCUGUCAACCAGCUGGCAUCUGCUCCUGGGCAUCACGUACUACGCGUUUGGGUGCUUCUCGGUGAAGCAGGAUCCGGCGCUCCCGCGCGUUGAUCCGGCCGGGCAGCAGGCGACGCGGCAGGACGCGCUACUCGCCGACAGGGAGAACGCCCGCGUCGCAGAGGUGCAGACGGCCGGGCCUCUUGGCGGGAAGAAAAAGACGAAGCCGGGGACGACGCAGCCAGGCGAGACGAAGCAAGGUAAAGGCAGACAGCCAGAUGUGCGUUUCCCAAAGAAGAAGAACCCCAAGUGGGUACAUCCGGACUUUGUCAACCACCGCAGUGACACGUUUGACGCAUACCGCCUGCCGUCCGCAUCAUACGUCACGGACGAGCUGGUCAUCGGCUUUGCCAAGUUUGAAUGUGACGUUGACAACAAGCCCAUCCCCCUCCCUCCGAAAGCCAAGGGCUUCUGCAUCUCGCCCUGGACCCCCAUCCCGCCGGGCACGUUUGAGGCGCGCAAGGAGAGCCGGUUCUACCAAGAGGGCUGCAUCCAGUUCAGCCGAGACCUGUUCCAGGACUACAGCAGCAAAGGCCUCGAUUUCAGCGAAACCGAAGAGGAGCUGCACCUCAUCUUUGACGGCACGUACACGAGCUACCAAGUGUACUGCGCACUGGUGAGCGCCAUCUACCGCAUGGCGUCGCCCGAGGUGUUUACGUCGGAGCUGGCGCCGUACCUGCAGCUCCUGGCGCACAGCACCGGCGCCAUCAGCACCGACGGGCCCCUGGUGGGCGAGCGGGGGCUGAUAUCGCAAUCGCCGCUGGAGUGGACGUACACUGAGGACGGGUGGGGGGCCGACCGGCAGGAUUUUAAAAUCGAGGCGAUUGAGAGAAACCUGGCCAAGGAGCUGGCGCGCGACGUGCCCGACGAGGAGCAUCUUGUGCAGCUGCGCAUCCUGCAGGCUAGGUACAAUCACGGCUGGAUUCUACCAGAGGCCUAG